AUGGACAAUCUCCGUCAGCUACCACGACAGGAUCACAGCACCAAUGAGGCAGAGACUUCGGCACGCGGAGCAUUAGCUGGGGCAUCGCCCGCGUCGCCGCCACCACCGAAGCCAAAGCUGCCAGCAUGUGAUCGCUGCAAACAGAGGAAGAUCAAGUGCGAUGCUGGCUUGCCUCACUGCAACCCUUGCGGCAAGGCGGGAGCGGAAUGCGUAGGCAGAGAUCAGCUGCCAUCCGUACCUCGAGGUCUGGUGUAUGAGCUCCAGCAACGCGUGCAGAAGUUGGAAGCAGAGCUGACGGAGACCAGGAGUCGAGCAGGGUCGCAGUUCCCAGACAUGUCUGGCCAGACGAACCCUAGCUCAACAUCCUCAGUCGAUGGUCUGGAUCCACACUUGCCACCAGCAGACUUCCCCAGACGUAGGGGGCGCGAAUCCUUCUCCUCGCCUGCCGGCUCUGAGAUCGCCCCCACACCCAAGCGAGGAAGAUACAGUACUGCCAACAGGACCAAUAACGAAGGCUUCUCAACACUAAGUCCCACCAAUAUCAUAGCCGCCGAUGCACUACCCUACGAUCGUGACCUCUCUGUGGAGCUUCGAGGCCUCGCUGAACUUCGCAAAGACGCCGUUGCACACUUGUCCGAGCUAAGCCCCAGCCAACGGACUCAUCUGCCCUCAUACGACCCCGCACUCGUUGGUCGACUUGCGCGGAGGUACAUUAGCUUCCUCAACGAUGCUCUCCCCGUUUUCGAAGAUGCCGUCAUCAUCGAACUGGUCGAGCGAAUGCGCAGCGGUAGCGGCAGAGAGAGGAACGGUGCAUCGCUUCACUCGUACGAGAAGUGCCAGGUCCACUUGGUCAUUGGCCUUGCCUUUGCCACUCUGGCCAGAGUACAGCAUCGCUCCUCAGAACUAGCUCGAGCUGGUCAAGCCCACUGGCGCGCAGCUCAGGUAUAUGUGCCCGCGGCUAUGAAGGGGACAGACCUUCCAAAGCUACAGAUCAUCCUCCUACAACUUCAAUUUGUCCUUUUGUUCCCUGAACAUGGCAAUGCAUGGGAACUCAGCGGUCAGUCGCUGCGUCUUGCGGCAGCACUCAGUCUGAACAGAGAAGGUAUCAGUGACUCGGUUGCCUCGUCGACGAUGGGCCGCAGGCUCUUCUGGACAGCAUACUGUCUGGAUGUCAGCCUCGCAGUUGCCCUCGCCAGACCGACUGCGAUUAGUGACGCAUGGAUUUCUACCAAGCCGCCCAGUAUGCCAACGACAGGCCGUGAAUCGCCCUCUCCACUGAAGCCGCACUUCUCCUUCGUCAAUCACGUGGGCCUACGGAGGCUCCAGAGCGAAAUUUACCACUAUCUAUACGCUUAUGAUGACGUCUCCAAUCCUGAACGAUCAGACCAGCCGGCAAUCGGCGAAUGGCUACGCUCUAGGCUCGACAAGCUCGAGAAUUGGAGAAAGCAGUACAACGUCGCCACACCGUUCGUUACAGCUCAAUGGACGGAAUUGAACUUCCACAUCACCAAGACCUUGAUGUUUAGACCAUCACCACGCAUUCCGGUGCCAGGAGUUUCGGCUCUCCUGGAAGCGCUCGACUCUUCAGCACAGACGAUCCGCCUCUACAAGCUCAACUGGCGCACGUUCCGCGUCAACUUCCCAUGGCUAGCAACACACCAUGUCUUCAUGGCAGGUCUGAGUUUCCUCAACAGUCUCAAGUCUUUGCACAUGUUGUCCAUACCCACCGGUGUCUCGCUGGUGGAUAUCACAAUGCACGUUCAGUCAUGUGCAAGCCUGCUAGAAGUGCUGUCUAUCGUGCAAGACGAUGGCACUGGCGAGCAAGGCAACAGCAACAAGGUGCGAGAUGCAUUCGAUGCUGCUGCCUAUGCUGUCCUCAACAGUCUCUUUGCAGCGGGUGCCAAUGCCCGUCCAGAGACCUCAAACAAUGCAGCGAGAGCGAGCGGGCCGGUGCCCGGAAAUGCGCAGUCCCCAUUCAACGUCAACGACGUGACCAGCUCACUGUCGCUCCUCGCCUCUUCGGCUGCUUUGGCUGAGGCGCCCGGUGGCAGAGCAACUGAAACGCUCACCUCCUUUUCGCCACUUCCCCCAUUUGUGGCGGAUCGAUCAGAAGCGACCCCGUCACGCGCCUCUCUUCCUCUGCCGGCUGGUGGAAGCGCGACGAAUGCCUUUGCCCCACCGAAUACGGCAUCGAAUCCGGAGAAUGACUUUUCCUUCCUCGAUUGGUUCCUACAUCCCAUCGAUGGAGGUGAUGUGCCCUGGCAGGACAAUGCCUUCGGCCCUGAUGGUCUUGGCGACCUCACGAGCACUGUCAGCGAUGGUCGGGGAGAUCUCUGGAUCUGA